AUGUCCCGACCAAGGGUAUUCAUGGACUUUUCUGUCGACGGCCAGCCAUUGGGCAGGGUCAUCUUUGAGCUUUUUAGCGAUACUGCACCGAAGACAUGCGAAAACUUCAGAGCCCUAUGUACCGGAGAAAAGGGCGUCUCGUCGUCGGGCGUGCCGCUCUACUACAAGAGCAGCAUCCUGCACAGGUGCAUCAAGGAUUUCAUGAUUCAAGGAGGAGACUUCACUAAGCGCAACGGCACUGGUGGCGAAUCGAUAUACGGAGGCAUGUUCCCUGACGAAGACCUAACCCGGCCUCUGGAUUCGGAAGCCUUGCUCUGUAUGGCGAAUAGAGGUCCCGAUACCAAUGGUUCUCAGUUCUUCAUCACCCUGAGGGAAUGUCCCCACUUGAACGGCAAACACGUCGUAUUCGGCAAGGUCAUUCGCGGUUACGACGACGUUGUCAAAAAAAUUGUCGAUGUCCCUGUGGAUGCGAAGGAUCGUCCCACAACCCCGGUAACAAUCACUAGUUGUGGCGAGCUUGAGCUUCGCAAAAAGCAACCCUCCAAGCGUGAUCGCUCCAUCUCAGAAGAAAACGAAAACGAAGACCGCAGGAGGCGCUCCCAUCACCGUUCUCCCAGUACAGAUUCAGAGCCUUCGCGUCGUCGCCGCAAGACGUCCAAGCGAAAGAAGCGUAGCGAAGACACGAAGAAGGACGAAACGCCAUUACAAGAAACCGAAGAAGAAUACGACGCAAGACUCGAGAGGGAAGAGAAUGAACGAAUAGCAGAGCAAAGAAGGAAGGAAUUGGAAAGAAUCAAGCGUCAACGUGAAGCCGAACUUGAGCCAAAGGAUGGCGUACGAUUCAAAGGGCGAGGAAGAAUGAAAUUUAUUGACCCCGAGUCUACAUACAGAUAG